CAAACGCAGACAGUCACGUGACGCUCAACAAUAGCCAGAUUAGAUGGGAUCCUCCCACAUGAAGUUUCAGGUUCCCUGCUACUCCUAAAACAAGCCUGAAUCAAACUCAUUCAUUCCCCCUUUUUCCCCCACUCCCUAAAUCAAUCAUGAGAACUCCUGGGAUUUUUAUUUUCGGCAUGGUGCUAGGACCUUGCGGCUGGAUCAUGGAGCUCGUCUGCACGGUGGCACCAGCCUGGCGCACGAUCAACAACAUAAAUGGGGAGUCAAUCGAUCUGGUCCUCCAACAAGGAUUAUGGGACAUCUGCAAGACUUACUCGUCGUCUCAGAACAUCCUCUGCGGACAGGCGGACACGCAGUACUUCAGCGCGCAGAUCAUCACGAUCGCGCGGGGCUUGAUGCUGUCGUCGCUUAUCCUUAACCUAAUUGGCAUCGGUGUGGCAUCUGCUGGAGUGCGGUGCUGGACUGAAUACCCGCAGUGGACGGUGGCUGGGGUCGGUGGUGUCCUCAUCUUCAUCUCCGGGGUGCUCACCAUCAUCCCGGUGUCGUGGUACACCAACAUCAUGACUACCAUCCCCGCCGCGUCUUCAGAUGUCCGCGUCGGGUACUGCCUGGUGCUAGGCUUCAUUGGGGGCAUUUUGGAGGUGCUCGGGGGUUUGGUGAUGUCUAUCGGCUUGUGUCAGAGAUGUGGCAGAAGCAAGCCAGCUGACAGGACGAGGAUAAACGUGGUCAGGUCCGCGCAAAACCCGAUGCCCCCACCGGCGCGCAGAGACACAGUGCCCAGUGUGAGCAGCAUCAGCAGUGCCAGCAGCGCGCCCUAUUACUCCAAACACACCGAGACGGACUUCUACAGAGCCAGGAGACAGGAGGACAGCAGACCAGUGAACGCUUAUAAAGCACGACCUUACGAUUCAGAUCUGUAGAUUAAAAGCUUUGAAGACUAGGCAUGCAGCCUUACAAUAACGUCAUUACAUCUUAACACAUUUCAGCUUGGAAAUAUUUUUUAUGGAUCCUCGUUUAUACUAUGGAAAUACAGACUAUUUUAAAUAAAAUGACAACUUUUAGCCUACUAAAAUAGACUAUUGUGAAAAUAUGUACAGUACAUUGUAAAUAUACCUGUUAAUUAAUAAUUUCUGUAUUUUGUGGUUUCUGUUUAUUUGCGGUUGUGAAUUGCAUUAGGCCUACGAGAUGUUGAUCUCUGCUUUGUCGACUUUUUUUGUUGAAAAUUCAACUCUACAGUUUAACAAAGUGACAUUUAUUGACAUUUUAGUAGUUUGAAAUAAUUUUAUGUAUAAGAAAUAAAAUUAUAUAGAAACAAGUCUGUAAAAUAACAGAACAUUUACACUGAAACAAGGAUUCAAAGACAGUUCUUUGGAUUUACUAUUUUUUAAAUUUGGGCUGACUUUAAACAAGCAAAUUAUGUUGAACACUAGCUCAGAUUAAUUUGUUUGUUUAAAUUUAACCUAUAUAAAUUGUUUGCAACAAUUUAGCAGAAAUAAUUUUUCAGCGUACUGUUUUUAACAAGGUUUUUCUACCAUAAUAUACAACAUAGACAUUUUAUCACUUUAAAGUAUUAAAAAUGUUUAGAAAAAGUCUAAUAGAAGUCACAAAAGAAAGAAAAUCAUACUCUUCAAGGUUAAAGCUUUUGAAAACAAAAAUUAAGGUCACAUAUAAUUCAAAAGCAUGAAUAAACAGGAAAAAAAUAAAAAAACAUGGAUCACAAAAUAUGGAAAACUGCAGUGUAGACUAAGUGCCUUGCAUUUAUAUUUAUUAAAAAGACUAAUAUUGGGGUUUUGAAAGUAAUAGCUUGUUCAUUUUAUCCAUUAGGAGAAUAAUUUUUAAAAGGCCUAUUUGUUCAACCUUUAAAGAAAGACUCUGGUGAUGUUCGUCUGGAAUUGUGUGCAUAAGUUCAACUUAUUUUUAAAUCAAUCAUGUAUACAGCAGUAAUUCAUACAGAAAAAAAACUAUUACAGACAAUUCCACCAAUUUUGGUGACAAAAAAGCAGCAAAAACUGAUUAGCUCCACAUACUCGAAGCACAAUGACUCCAAGGUAGAUCUACUUAGUCUCUUUACACGUUCAAAAUAUAUACUUAUUAAUACUUAUUAAAAUACUUAUUACUAUAUAUAUAGAAG